AUGGCUGAAGCAUUUAAUGGCCAAGUCCUUAUGGACCAGCCCGCUGGCACUGGCAACCGACCUUACGCCGCCGAGUCUUGGCUUGAACCAUGGCUGAUCAAGCAUUCCGAGUUCUACCGCAAGCACUUCACUCGCAACGGCCGCCGCGAGAGCAAGUCCACCAGACGACACAGCAUUGUCACCCAGGGUCUCGAGUCCAGGAAGAAUUCAGUCGCCGUGCCCGACGCCGAAGCUGCGACAACCUCUGCCUCUGUAACUGAGCCUACAGACGCCACGCCUGCUCCUGUUGAGCAACCGCGAACAAGUACUGAGGCUGAGGCUGUUGCACUUGAGCACCCUGAGACUCUCAACAAGAAAGACCGAGUUAGCGCUUGGCGUCGCAGCAUUGGAUGGUUCCCCCAUCCAUAG